AUGCAUAUCCAGAUCGCCUACCAGCCCCAGCCCGAUGAGUGUCGCUCCAGGCAGGCACCUACCGUCUCGAGGAAGACGCCGGCACGUUCUACCAUAGACGCAGCACACCGUCAACAACUCCUCCAACAACUCCAACGCCAACAUCAACAAGCAAAGCAGCAAAAGCAAGAGGAGGAGGAGGAGGAGAAGAGGCAACGGCAACAGCAACAGCAACAACAACAAACAAGCUCUGCCAUCAAGCCUCUCAAGCCCCAGUUCCACUCGCGCAAGUGCCACCACACAUACAACGCAACACGCCACCUCCCACAGGCAGUCUGGAUCCGCUCGGCACGCCUCAGCAAGGACGAAAACGACAAGCCAACCGUCGUCUACGAGGUCGUCCUCUGCCACGAGCACAACCGGGCCUGCAUCGUCAACCGCACCUGGGAGGACUUCGAGAAGCUCAAGUCCGGCCUGGGAAGCUGGCGCAACGCCCCCGCCUACUCCUCGCCGCGUGACGUCGACGGCCUGCAGCAGUUCCUGUGCGAGGCCAUCAGCAAGAAGGGCCGUGAGAUCGCCAUGGAGUUCUUUCUCCGCCGGAGGAUGGAUGAUUGUGGGGGUUCCUAA